UCCCAUGGCGGGUCUCUACUCUUCCUCCAGACCCACCUCGUCUUCCUCCUCGUCCUCGUCGUUUGCAUCUUCUUCUUCCUUCCAGACCUUCGCCUCCCGCCUCCUCCUGCUCCUCACUGUCCUCCCCCUGACUCUCGCCGCCUUCGCCUUCGUUCUCCAGUGGCGGGGCGGCCUCAAUGACCCCGUUACCCGGUGGUCGCCUGACCGCCACGAGUUCCCCGGCAUGAUUGGGAUGGUCCAGACGGGUGGGCCUCAACGCCAGGCUUUACGUUCUUCGGGUUCUGACUGUGUCGAUGUUCUGGGUCGGAGCCACUCCCCCGCCUUCCCUUACUACAAGGAUUGGAAGUUCGAUUACGCCUCCGAUCUGAGGCCCAAGAUAUCCAUUCAAACAAGCACUUCAGCUGGUUUAGAGCAAACUUUGCCAUGGAUCUUUUAUCAUAAGGUUAUUGGAGUAACAAACUUUUUCCUUUUCGUGGAAGGGAAGGCUGCAUCCCCUAAAGUAUCUAAAGUUUUAGAAACCAUUCCGGGAGUGAAGGUUAUAUACAGGACAAAGGAAUUGGAGGAGCAGCAAGCUAAAAGCCGGAUUUGGAACGAGACUUGGUUGUCUAGCUUCUUCUAUAAGCCGUGUAAUUAUGAGUUGUUUGUGAAGCAGUCCCUUAACAUGGAGAUGGCUAUUGUCAUGGCAAGGGAAGCUGGCAUGGAUUGGAUCAUCCAUCUUGACACUGAUGAGCUAAUAUAUCCAGCAGGCACUCAUGAGUACUCUUUGAGACAGUUGUUGUCCGAUGUACCUGGAAAUGUUGAUAUUGUUAUCUUUCCAAAUUAUGAAAGUAGUGUAGAGCAUGACGAUAUCAAGGAACCUUUCAGUGAGGUGUCAAUGUUCAAGAAAAACUAUGACCAUCUUCCAAAGGAUGUAUAUUUUGGAAAUUAUAAAGAAGCAACUCGGGGCAACCCAAACUACUUUCUAACAUAUGGAAAUGGGAAAUCAGCUGCUCGAAUUCAAGAUCACCUUCGCCCUAAUGGUGCACACAGAUGGCACAAUUAUAUGAAGACGCCAAAUGAGAUCAAAUUGGAUGAGGCUGCUGUUCUGCAUUAUACGUAUCCCAAAUUUUCUGAUUUGACCUCUAGACGUGAUCGGUGUGGUUGCAAGCCUACCAAGGACGAUGUUAAAAGAUGUUUCAUGUUGGAAUUUGACAGAGCUGCAUUCAUAAUUGCUUCCACUGCAACAGAGGAGGAAAUGCUUAGCUGGUACCGGGAACACAUUGUGUGGACUGACAAAACUCUAAACUUAAAACUUCAAAGGAAGGGCAUCUUGACUCGGAUUUAUGCACCGAUGGUCAUCAUUCAAGGAUUAAGGGAAUCGGGUGUUUUCAGCUUGGUAAUUGCAUCAGCUGCACAAACAAAUCUCUCAAAAAAUCAGUUUUUGUCAUUGGUUGAGAGUAGCAACUCCUCUAGGGAAUCAACGUCUGGGGCAAUUACUUCUAGAAAGAUUGGUAAACUAAUAGAUUCUCAAGCAACUGCAAGAAGGGUCUUGGAAUUCACUGACGAUGCCUCUCACCCGUUGGCAGUUCCACCAUUAUCUCCUCCUGGCUUGGAUGAGGAUGAUUUUCAAAUUGACGUACAACUCUCUUCCAAAUCACAAUGACCGAUACCUCAUCAGAGGGAGUGAAAGAAACGGACAGGUUUGGCUGCUGUUGAGAUGUGGUGUAUUUUCGUUUCUCGGUUUUCUAUAGGGUUCUUCCCGAUCAUUGCCCAAGCGCUGAUGUACAUUACAGGUUUAGAUUACGAUUUUUCACAGUUUUAGAGGUUAGAGGGGAUUUCCUUUGGCAGUGUCUUAAUUUUCUUACUUGGUAGCUAUUCAAGAACCCGCCGUAUUGCCGGCGACUGUAAUCCAUGUUCUUGCUCCCCUCAUAUUCGUUCUGUUUAUACAACAUUGGAUGGGGGUUAAUACAGAUAUGCUUUACCUAGAA